AUGAGUGGUAUUAAACGUACUUUUCUUGCUGAAGAAUGUUCAGCAACAACAAAUGAUAAUAAUUCAUCAUUAACAGAUAAUAAUAUUCAAUCAUCCAGUCCAAGUGAUUCUCCACAAUCAAAAAAGCUUCGACGUUCAUCAUCACAUCAGACGACAGAAUCUGAAAAUGAUGAUGAACCUCAAGAAGAUCAAUAUGAACAAGAAAAUGGCAUAACAAAUGGUCAUUCACCAGUUCAAUCAGAAAGAUCCGAAGAGGAAGAAGAAGAUGAUGAAGAUGAAGAUGAUGACGAUGAUGAUGAAGCAACUGAAGCUGAACCAGAAUGUUUUUCAGAUGAUUCAAUUGUUCAUGUCAGUUUUGAUAGUGGAAAAGAUGAUAUAUUUCGUUAUGAUGGUUCGAUUCGUUUUCAUAUUAUUGCACCAUCACGACCACAAUCUGGACAAUUAACAAGUGAUCAAUCAAUAAUACGUACAUUUAUAUGGACUUUAUUAGCAUUUUCAAAACCAAAUUAUGAUAGUUGUCAUAAUGAUGGUGGAACAUUUAGUCUUUUUCUUAAAUGUGAACCUGAAAAACUUUCACCGGGUUGGUCGAUAUUUGCUAAAGCUGAAUUAACUCUUUUACAUGCAAUUGAUUCAAAUAAAAAUUUUGUGAAAAAAAUCAAUCAUUUAUUUAAUGCACGUUCAAUUGAUUGGGGUUUUCAUCAAUUUAAAUCAUUAAAAGAAAUCUAUAGUGAAUUUAUUCAUUGGCCAGAUAAUACAAUUCGAAUUGAAGCAAAAAUUCAUGCUGAUGCUCCACGUAAUGUUGAAUGGGAUUCAAAAGGACAAACUGGUUUUGUUGGUUUGAGAAAUAUUGGUGCAACUUGUUAUAUGAAUUCAUUUUUACAAACAAUCUAUUUUACAAAAAAACUACGGCGGGCUGUAUAUGCUUUGCCAACCGAUAGUGAUGAUCAAUUACAUAGCAUUCCACUUGCUUUACAAAAACUUUUUUAUGAUCUUCAAUUCACUGAUCGACCAGUCAGUACAAAAAAGUUGACACGUUCAUUUGGAUGGGACAAACCAGAUGAAUUUUGUCAACAUGAUAUUCAAGAAUUUUGUCGAGUGUUACUUGAUAAAUUAGAAUCAAAAAUGGAAGGUACAACUAUGGAAGGUGUUAUUCCAUCGCUUUUUCAAGGUCAAUAUGUGCAAUAUGUUCGAUGUACAAAAGUUGAUCAUGAAUCUCGUGUAAAACAAACAUUUUAUGAUGUUCCAUUACAAGUACGAAAUAAUGCUAAUAUUACGGAAAGUUUUCGAGAUUUUUGUAAAAGUGAAAUUUUAACAGGUGAAAAUUUAUAUGAUGCUGGUAAUAUUCAUGGUUUACAGGAAGCAGAAAAAGGUGUUAAAUUUCAAAAGUUUCCACCUGUACUAUGUCUUCAUUUAUUACGUUUUGAAUAUGAUUAUAAUUUAUCUCAACAUCGAAAAAUAAAUGAUAGUUAUUCAUUUGAUUAUCAUCUUGAUUUAAGUGAAUUUCUUGAAAAUCCUGAUUGUUCAUCAUGUUCAUAUAAAUUAUUAUCAAUAUUAGUACAUAGUGGAGAUAAUUCAAGUGGUCAUUAUGUUUCAUUUAUUAAUCCAGCAUUAGAUGGACAAUGGUUUAAAUUUGAUGAUGAUGUUGUUGCACGAGUAGCAGCAAGUGAUGCUAUGGAAAGAAAUUUUGGUGGUACACAAGAUGAUGAUGGUAGUAUGUAUAAUACAUCAGCUUAUAUGCUUGUUUAUAUACGUGAAGAUUGUCAAAAAGAUGUUUUAUGUGAUAUUAAUCAAGAAGAUAUUCCUCAAAAUUUAAUAGCAAGAUUUGAUUAUGAUAAAAAAUAUCUUUUAAAACGUCGUCAAGAUAUGAUGGAUAAUGAUGGUUUUGUUGAUAUACAAAUUAUAUUAACAGAUGAUUUUCAUAUUCAACAAACAAUUUGUUUAACUGAUCUGAUUUGUGAAAAUCCUGUUGAAUUAUUACAAAAUAAACGUUGUUUACGAUAUAUACAAGCUCAGCAUGGAGAAAUAUUUCGUGUAUUUGCCAGACGCUUAGCAUAUGCAUUGGGAGUAAAUCUUGAUGAAGAUAUUCGAAUAUGGAUUGUUCAUACACAUGAAAUUCAUGUUAAUCAUCAUUAUCAUUCUCAAUCUCUUCUUACAUCUGCACUUGUUUUUUGUGAUGAUUAUGAUAAAAAGAUAAUCGAUCUAUUUGAAUAUGAUAUAUCAGAUCGUCGUACUUUAUCAAUAUUUGUUGAACAAAAAAUCUUUCUUAAUGGUAUUUAUCAAUUAUUAGCAUUUGAUAAAGAUGAAAAAUGUUUAAAUGAUAUAGCACUUCAAAUAAAAGUCUCUAUAUCACCUUCAACAACAUUUAUUGUUCAUCAAGCUGUACCUACACAUAAUCAAACACAUCAAUAUGAAUUAAUAAAAGCUUCAACUUAUGAUUUAUCAUUAAAUCAAGUACUUGAUCCAUGUUUAUCUGGUGUAUCAAUUAUAAUACAAAUAAUUGAUAUUAAUCAAACGAAUGAUGAUUAUCCAUUAACAACAGCGGAAGAUUAUUUUCGAAAUAUUGAAAAUCGUCAAGAAUUUGAUGUUUGUAAUCGUGAUAGUUUACGAAAUGAAUGUCUAUUUAAAUUAUAUCUUCCAAUGAAAACAACAGUUAAAGAAGUUAUUCGAUUAAUUUCUGAACGAAUUGAAUAUUCACAACAACAAAUUAUUUUACAAAAACCAUCAACUUCAACAUCAAUAUCAAAUAAUAUAUCUUCUAUCAAUUCAUUACAUAUAUCAUGUGAUCAAACAUUAAGAGAUCUUUAUUCAAAUACACGUGGUUCUGUUUCAUCUCCACGAAAACUCUAUUUUAGACGAUUACCUUUUAAUUAUACGGAACUUGAACAUCGUCGUCCGAUUCGUAUAUUUUUUACUAAUCCAACAAAAAAAGAUGAACAACGUGAAGUACAACUGUAUGUUAAAAAAUCUUCGACUGUUGCUGAAUUUCUUGAUGAAGUUAAACAAUGGAUACCUAGUGUUUGUUCAGAGAAUGGUAGUCAACAAUUAAGAUUAAUUGAAGUAACAUUGUCAAGUCAAAUAAAUUCUCUUCCAUUUCAUCUUCAUAUAUGGUCAAGUCGUUCAUGUAUGGAUGAACUUGAAAAUUGUUCAAAUCGAUAUUAUCAUUUAGAAGAAAUAUCUAAUGAUGAAAUUGAUCUUGAAAAAGAUAGUGAAUUGAUACCUGUUGCACAUUAUACUAAAGAAAAUAUUAUUCAAAUAAAUAUUCAAAAAUUUUUUCCAUUUCUACUUAAAGUGAUACAUAAUGAAUCAUUUGGUGAUGUUAAACAACGAUUACAAACAAAAAUGGGUCUUGUUAAUAGAGAAUUCGAAAAAUAUCGGUUUUCAAUAUUUAAUGGUAGUAAAGUAAUAUCACGAUGUGAUGAUAAUAUGGGAAAGAUUAAUGUAAAUGAAUUGAAAUUAGUACAAAGUAUAUGCUGGCUUGGUUUAGAAUUACCAUCGAUAUCAAAUCCACGCAAGACUCGAAAAUCACUUUUUUCAGAAAAACCGAUUCGAAUAAACUAG